UAUUCUGUAUUCCGACGGAUUUCUAUUUCGUUCGAAAGUGAUAUUUCGAUCGUUUUCGAAUUUACCAUUCCCUAUUCCAAUCGUUUUGCUCGUUUCGAACGAAAGUGUUAGAAAAUUUCGAAUAUGCAUCGAUCUGUCAAAAACCGAUAAACAAAAAGAAACACCGUAUUAAAUAGCGGCGAGUGCGAGUUGAAUUUCAGUUAAUUUUUGAUCCUAAGAGAAAUUUGUGAGAAAAUUUUCUCGUUCAAUGGAUUCCGUUUUGUUACCGAUUUUGGCGGAGCAAGAAGAAAUUGGAAUGCCUUGCUACCAUCGGCGAAACCACCGAAAAUCAACCGACUUCAUGAAACUUUCUGAUGAAGCAUUCAUCAAAAGUUUUCGUCUAAGUAAGGAAGCUUUUCGGUACGUUUUAGAGGAAAUUGAGAACUGCCUUACCACAAGGAAAGGUGGUCUAUCCACGGAGGUGAAACUCGCAGCAUGUUUGCGAUUCUUUGCUGAAGGAAAUUAUCAACAUGGAGCAGGGCAAGAUUAUCACAUUGCCAUAGCACAGCCCACAUUUUCCAAGGUGCUGACUGAAAUGCUUAACAUUCUGGAGCGGACACUGUGUAAGAAAUGGAUUUCCCUAAAUAUGACGGAAGACGAACAGCGGCGUGCUAAACUACACUUCUAUCAGAAAACAUCAAUUCCGGGUGUUAUUAUGUGUUUGGAUGGAACCCACGUAAAAAUUAUUCCACCUAAGCUGAAUCGAAAUUUGUUUUUUAAUCGGAAGGGAUUUUAUAGUCUCAACGUUCUGAUUGUUUGUGACGAUCAGCAAAGGAUUCGUUUCGUUGAUCCUACCUUCCAGGGAUCUAAUCAUGACUCUCAUAUAUGGCGUGUAAGCCCUGCAAGAACUCACUUUGAGCAGCUUCACCAAAAUGGUGAAGUUAAUACUAAGAUUCUAGGUGAUGCUGGUUAUCCAUCGGAACCUUGGUUAGUAACGCCAUUCAGAGCAGCGGAGGAAGGGAGUUUGGAGAGCGAUUUUAAUCGCAGGCAUGCCUUGGGUCGUGCUAUCGUCGAGCGGACAAUCGGUUUACUAAAAAAUCGGUUUAGAUGCAUCCUUGGCGCGAGACAACUUCACUACAAUCCUACUAAAUGCGCUCAAAUUAUAAAUGUAUGCUGUGCACUUCACAAUAUAUGCUUAGAAUUUGGUCGUUCUCAGUAGUUAUAAUAUGUUAUGCAGCUGUUUACAUAAUAAACUUUUGUUUAAAUUAAUAUUUAUGACUGUUAAAUUUCAUCUAACUUGUUUGCAAAUGCUCAAAUAAAUAACAACCACCGGAAAAGGAAGUGUCUUCCUUACUUAACUAUGGUUUCGGCAGAAUUAUUUACUCUUAUUCCUGCCAACACUUUGAGAACAUGUCAUUAUCGAUUUCUCGUAAGCAGGCCAAGUAUUCAAAUAACCAUUAUUAAUACUUUUUGCGUUGUUUUAACCCCUUGCUGUACGAUUUAAUUUCCAACAGCACGGCCCAAAACGAGCACUUCGAGUCGUUCCGCUACUCUGCUGAGUGUGGGUAUCUAACAUGGGUGCCCUAUGAUGAGCAAAUACAUGUUGUGUUUAAAAUAAAAACGAAGGAGUUAUUACUACGUACUAACUCGUUCGUUUUUAUUUUAAUUAUAAUAUUCAAAUUAUAUUUUAUAUUUUUAGCUCAUUCAAUUUUUUUUUAAAUAACGGAAAUUUGAUAAUCUUCAGUUGUCGGUAUCCUCAUCAUAUGCCUGAAGCUAUGUAAUUAUUUCACAUCGAGAAACAACGAGUGAAGUUCAAUGUUGUACGUGAAGGGGUUAAGGAAGUUCCAUAAACUAUAGGCGAAAUUCGUGAAUUUUAAAAAAGUUUAUAUAAUUUUGAUGCUAUUCCAAACAAACUUCAAAGAAAAAAAUAAGUAAGAUUUUUCUUCCAUGGAAAGAUAUAAAAAUACGAUUAGAACUUUUUUCAUUUUUUUAUACUUGAGUUACAAUAUAAAGAUAAAAAAUCAGAUCACUGAUAUUUUGAAACAUUAUUCUAAUGUUCUGAAAUAUACGCAAUCUGCGUUUCAAGGAUUUGUCGCUAUUGAUUUCUCCAGCGCGAUCUUCUCCAUCUCGUGGUUAUGUCGUUUUUGUUCACUCAGAUGUUCUUUGAGUGUGGCAUCCACGGAAAGAAUCGCUCGAGCUGAUUGGCGCUGAUAAUGAACCAGAUCACUCAAAUUCUUAUUUGUGUUUUUUAACAGGGAUUUCACAUUGGUGUGAAAUUUGUUUUGUUGCUCGACUUGCAGCUCUAAUAGCCUCGUGGUAGAAGGUCUGGAUUUUUUCGGCUGA